CAUAGACAAAAGACAUUUAUAAAAUAUAUAAUAAAACAAAAUAAGUACAAUAUAUUUAAUAAGAAAUAAUAAAUAUGAAAAUUUAAAAAUAUUUCAAUUGAUGACACUUUUUACUCAAUAAAAACAAAUAAAUACUGGUAAAAUUUCACUGUGCACUCUGCGAAAUUUCUAAUUGCAUGUUAUUAACUUAAUUUAAUCACCAUUAAAACUAAAAAAAUAAAAACUAAGCGAAGCUCAAAGGUCCAUCACAUCCAAUAUAAAUGUAAACUGAAGAAAAAUAUUUUUUUAAUUGUUUAUUUUUGUUUGACUGACAAGCUUCUGAAAAUUAUAAUUCUGCGUUGAUUUAAAUAAAUAAUGAAUAUUAAUUAUAUUUUUGCAAAUUUAGUAUUAAUUCAUAAUUAUCUUUGUACUUGUGCUCAGGAUCCAAAAGAUGCAGGAUUAUCUACAUCGGAGCUGCUGAUGAAGUACGGUUAUCCGUUUGAAAUACAUGAAAUCCAAACGGAAGAUGGCUACCUAUUGGAUGCGUACAGGUUGAAGUCCAAAAAGACAAAACCUAAGACGAAUACAUCUCCAAUAAUGCUGGUGCACGGAUUAAUGGCGAGCUCCGACUGCUUUUUAAGCAUGGGACGUAAUUCGCUGGCUCUGUUGUUGGCAGACGAAGGGUACGACGUUUGGUUGCCGAAUUGCAGAGGCAAUCUCUACUCCCGCAAGCACAAAACCUUAAAUCCGGACACUGACAUCUCCUACUGGUUUUUCAGCUGGCACGAAAUUGGGAAGUACGAUUUGCCGGCCCUAAUCGAUUACAUACUGAUGAAGACGAAACACGAUCAGAUCAUUUACCUGGGACAUUCUCAGGGCACCACAGUUUUCUUCGUGAUGGCCUCGGAAAGGCCGGAGUAUCAAAGCAAAGUAAAAUUGUGCGUUCUGAUGGCGCCUUCGGUUUUGCUGAAGCACAUGGAGUUUCCUCUUCUGAAGAAUGUGGCUCCGCAUUACAAAACUCUUGAGGCUUAUGGUGCAAGGACUAAUAGAUACGAACUUAUCGGAAUAGUACCAAAUCAUAUGGUUAGAGAUAUUCUUAAAACUUUUUGUUUAUCUUCUUCUUUUAAACAAGCUUGCAUGUACAUUAAAAACGUUGUUCUUGGAAAUGAUUCCUUAAUAGAUCAGGACACAACUGUUGUAAUGAUUUCCCAAUUUCCUGCAGGAUCUUCACUUAGACAAUCUUUACAUUAUGCACAACUUAUUGUGUCAGGUGAAUUUAAACAAUAUGAUUAUGGCGAAGAUAAUAAUUUAAAAGUUUACAACAGUGUAAAACCUCCGAAAUACAAUUUAAAUAUAACAACACCACUAGCAGUAUUUUAUUCUAAAAAUGACAAGUUAAAUGUUGUAAAGGACGUUAUGACUUUAGUGAGCAUUUUGCCGAACGUUGUAAAUUUGUACAAGGUGCCACAUGAGGAUUUUUCACAUUUUGACUUCUUGUUCGCCAAAAUUGCUGUUAAAAUUGUAUACAAAGAUGUUUUUAAUAUAAUUAACAAAUAUCUCCGAGUCUCGCACAUUAUUUCAACAAUGAUGAACAUCAUGUACAAAGCGGUGCUCUGCAUUAUUUUCGCCAGUUUAGUUCACAGUCAAAAUGAAAUAACAUUUCAAAGUGCUCUCGACUCUAAGGAAUUUCAAACUGAUCAAUUCGUUAAAGCUUUGGGUUACCCUCUUGAAUCGUACGUAGUGGAAACCGAAGAUGGCUACUUGUUGACCCUUCACAGAGUCCCCUAUGGUAAAAACAACACCCAAAAAACCAACAGGACACCAUUAUUGCUGAUGCAUGGUUUGCUCGGAUCCUCUGAAAAUUUCAUGCUGCGCGACACCAAAAAAUCUCUGGCUUUCAUGGCCGCCGAAGCUGGUUUCGACGUCUGGCUGGCUAACGCCAGAGGAACCAUGCAUUCCAGGAAACACAAGCACCUCAAUCCGGACAAAGAUAAAUCUUACUGGGACUUCAGCUGGCACGAGAUUGGAGUGUACGACUUGCCAGUAAUUAUAGAUUACGUAUUGAAGAAGAACGGAAGCCCAUUUUUGGAAUAUGUAGGACAUUCACAAGGCUGCACCGUUUUGUUUGUCCUGGCCAGCGAAAAACCCGAGUACAAAGCGAAGAUUUCCAAUUUUGUCGCCUUGGCACCUGCCGUUUAUUUCAAGCACUUUAAUCACAUUAGAUUUAAUGACUUAAUCCAAGAAGCCCCCACUAUAUAUGAGUCACUAAUUAGGUUAAACAUGCAUGAGUUUUUGGGAAAAGGACAAGAUUCCAGAUAUCUCAUAUCUGCGAUUGCUAAAGUUUAUCCAAAUUUGUUGAUAGAUGUACUGUUAUAUGUCUUUGGAGAAUCUGAUGAGUUCAGCAGAAGCUGUCUACCCAUGCUUUCUUUGACUAUACCAGCAGGAGCUUCAUCCAAACAAAUAUUACAUUUUACACAAGGAUAUAAAUUAAAGUCGUUUAGGAAAUUUGACUAUGGAAAAAAAGAAAAUUUGCGGCGAUAUAACAGUACACUUCCUCCAUUGUACAACGUGAAACAGAUGGACAUACCGAUUUAUAUUUUCAGAUCUCAGAUGGAUUAUUUUGCAUCCAUGAAGGACGUUCAAUUUUUGGCCAAUACUUUGACCAACGUCGGAGGAUUUUACACCAUACCAGUUAAAAAAUUUAGUCAUUUAGAUUUUAUAGCCGCCAAACACUUAGAUAAGUUAGUGAAUAAUAGAAUUUUAAAUAUAUGUGAUCAAUAUAGAAGAUAGUAC